AUUCCUCCUCCUUUUCCCCUCCAAACGGUGCUUCUUUCUCUUCCUCUGCAUCCCCAUUCCAUCCAAUCCCUUUCUCCCACCAUGAAAGUCGAAAAACCCACCCUCAUCCUCCUCGACAUCCAAAACGGCGUAGUCGAGCGCCUCAACGACACAGACGCCUACCUUGCGCGCUGCGCAUCGGUGAUCCAGGCCGCACGCGACGCCAACAUCUACAUCGUCCAUGUCGUGACUGGUUUCCGCCCCGGAUACCCCGAAUGCAACCCCCGCAACAGCUCCGUGGUCAAGGUCAAGGCCUGGGGGUCCUUUCUCAUCACAGACCCGUCCAGCCACGUUCACCCGCUCGUUGCUCCCACCGAGGAUGAGCCCAUCGUCAUCAAGCGUCGCGUGUCGGCCUUUUUCACCACGGACUUGGAUCUCCUUCUGCGCGCGGCGGGUACGACAGAGGUCGUUGUCACUGGACUGAUCUCUAGUGGUGCUGUGCUGUCGACGGUUCGUUCGGCUGCCGAUCUCGACUAUAAGGUCACGGUGCUGGAGGAUAUGUGCAUGGAUCGUGAUCAGGAGCUGCAUGAUGUUUUGAUGACCAAGAUCUUUCCGCGCCAGGGUCGCGUGAUGCAGUCGGGGGAGUGGUUGGAGGAGGUCAAGGAGAAGUUGUGAGGAUGAGUCGAGUCGAGUGUGGUUGGCGUGGAGGUUUGAGUGCGGCUUUUGUCCGGCCUCAAACUUUUCUUUACAAUGCGUG